AUUCAAAUCUUCAUUAAUUAAAAAAUAAUAAUAAUAAUAAUCUAGAGUUUUCAACAUGGCUAGAGUAAUGAUCCUUGGAGCCAUUUCUUUAGCCAUUCUUUUCAUGGCAGCUACAGUUUCUUCCUCUCGUUUCACCAUCACCAUUGCUGAAGAGGCUGAGAACCCCCAAUCACCACGUUGCCAGCAGCAAUUUCAGCAGGCAAAGCAGCUGCGUUCAUGCCGGCAGAUACUAAGGCAGAGGGUCCAAUCUGAGGAAGGAGAGGACCAAAUUAGCCAGCGUGAAGCACAAAAAUGCUGCAAACAGCUUGAACGUAUGCAAGAUCCACAGUGCCGUUGUGAGGGACUAAGCCAAGUGGUUCAACAAGAGGAGCAGAGUGGACAGAUUCAGGGAAGACAAAUGCAGCAAAUGGUUCAGAGUGCACAGGAGUUGCCUGGUUUAUGUCAACUUACCCCACAGAGAUGUGAAAUCCAAACUCGUACCUUGUUUUAAUUUGCAUGAGUAUAUAUAUGCAAAUUAAUUAUGUACUAGUAAAAAGAUCUAGUUUGUUGUAAACUUGAUCCUGGUAAUAUUAUAAUAAAUUAGUCUCACCUUUUAGUGGUGUGAUUUUGCUGUCGUUUCA